AACAGUACUUCUCUCUGAAAUGUACACUCUAUAAGAAAUAAAGCCAUAAAAUAACAGUAAAUUAGUAGCCUACUGGCAGCUCAUUAACCAGCCUUUGUCCCUUAAUUAAAAACAGAAAUGUUGUGCGUGGCUACAGUUAAAAGACAGAACAUGUUUUUUAAAUUCUGUCAGACACAGCUGCUCAGUUAGCACAUUUCUGAAAUGAAUCUGGUUAAUCAUUUACGAUAACGGCGUUGGGAACAGCUGACUAUACGUCAAUUGUCGGAGCACAGAUAAAGGUCCCAUAAUGCAAUUCGAAACGUAAACAAACAGAAACUGUGAAGCACGUCCUACGGACAGUUUCUGUUGAAAUAUUCAGACUACGGCUAUAAACACGGAUAUUUCUUACAGUGUUGUGGAGUAGAAGAAGAAAGUGGCAUGAAAAGAACUGACUCAAGUAAACCUCAACAUUUGGACUAAAGUACAGUACUGGAGUAAAUGUAGGCUUCUUAGUAACAUUCCACCACUGUGUAUUGUGCUCUCAGUCUUAUGAUAAUUAACAGACAGCGGUUUGGUUUUAACUGCGCCACACGAGGCAGGCAGCAGGUGUGGGUGUGUCCCUCCCCUGUCCCCGGGCGGUCAGCCGGAGCAGCGGACCCGGAAGGAAAGGCUCAUUAAAGACUGCGGCUCCGUCUACAGCAUACAGAGCAAUGGAUCAGAGAGGCCUGCAGCAGGAGUUCCAGGUUCAGUUCAGCAAUGUGGUUUCCAGAGUGCAGUUCUUCCAGUCGGACUGGGACAUCGCCUCUUUUGCCAUCUUCUUCAUCUUCAUCGGGAUGGUUUUGCUGCUGGUCAUCCUGGUCCUCAUCCGCUGUUGCUGCUGCUGCUGCUGUGAUGACGAGAGGCCUCGCGGGCGGAAGGUCGGCAUAGAGAACAUGGCUCUGGAGCCCUGACAGAUGGAGGAGUGGGGGGGGGGGGCACAGCCUGCUGCUUUGACUUGUGUGCCAAAGCUUUGACUGGACUGUCACCAGUCGGUCACCAAAACGUAGUCCACUCGCACAUAGAAUGAAUCGUUGUUCCUUUGCUACCCUGGUAGGGAAAUCUAUCACGUGAAAUCUUUUUGACUGUCACUGCUGUGUUGCUAGGAUACCACCGAGCAGCCGUCUGUGUUUUUUAUGCCUCUGUCAGAUUCAAAUGUCACUUCCUUGUUUGUUGAAAGAAUGUUGGUUUCAAUUUGAAGUUUUUACUUGGUAACAAAUCUAUAGGUCAUAAAAAAAAAAAAA